GAGAAGGGUUUUAACGGGUGAAGUUAUAGUGACUCUCUGCAUGAACUAGAAGACUGACUUCUGGAAAGGGGAGCUUUCUUAAUGAAAAGAAGCAUUUCCCUUCAAAUAAAAUUUGAAGUUUUGCCCCAAGCAUCCUCCAAUCCAUGCAUAAUCUGGAGGACAUUAACCAUUAAAGUAAAUAUUAUGUAUUACUUGACCUGCAGGUGUAAUAUAUUAAGGCUUCAGAGCAAAAAUAUGUUUUUAAGGAAGAGAGUCGAGAAAUAAAGAGGAAAUCUGCAGGCCUUGUGAAAGACCUAUGAAGGAGUGGUAAAUGCCUUCCCAGAAAGGGAAGUAUGGGAAGACCGUGUAUCAGUGGUGUCUGUGUUUUAAUUGGACACUCAGUUUCUUUCAAUGUCAGAGGAGGGCUGCACGCAGCAAACAACUACCCUAUCUCCUGAGAGGAGCUGCUGCUCUGUCUCCUUCAGAAUGUGGAAAUGGACAGUCUCCAUGCAAAGAAUGCAUGAAGAGUGAGCACAAGCUGGUAAAUUUAUUCUAAUAGCAAGGUUAAACAUCAUCUUUUCUGCGCACCCCAUGGACACCCAGAGGAGAUCUUGUAAAAUGACUAGUGCACGUCCUUGAUAAUGACAAGGGGAAGGGCUGCCAGGCCUGUUGGAAAGGCAGCAGUCAGCUGUUGGCAUUAUCAGACCGGCUCUGUGGCCCACAGCCAUGUACACCUUCUGUCUUGGAGACGCUCCUCAGGAGGAAGGGCCACGAGGAGCAGCUCUGGAAGAACAAGCUCCACAUUAAACACUUGUAGCGGAGGAGGCGCUUAGGCACAGUGCUGCAAGGAAGAGCUGAAAUCAGCCUUCAAGCAGAUGACAAGAGAGGAUCUGUCAAACCAGCCUUCAAGAGGACAGAGAGCAUGCUGAGAGAACACGAUGAUAAUAGCAACAAAACCUUGAGGAGACUGAACAGAGAAAGAAGCUGCAGGAGGGCAAGAAAACAGGAUUUGUAUAGUGAGGCAGACAGGAAGAAAUUACAAAUGUCUUCAUACAGUAACAGAGACAAAAAAGGAUAGAUCUGAUAGGCGGCAAGUAUAGAAUUUGGCUCUGGCUCAGAUAGAGACUAAUACAAAAAGAAGGCAAAUAACUGUUCCACAGGGUUGUAAAUGAGCAUUGCAGAAAGCAGAGGAGUUUGUGGUAACAGAUAGAGAUUGGAAUAACAGCAUCUGGAUCCCACAAGAAGUCUCCGGGGAUACUGUGUUUCUGAGAACCAGGAUUUCUCCUGGACAUUUCAAAGGACUACACAGAGGACCUACUUUUUUCUCAAGGGACCCAAGUUACUGUGUUUGGACUUUUAAGUCAGUCCUAGUAUACGGAUGUGGACUUCAGGUAGAAUGAGCAAUGCAAAGAACUUGUUUGGACUUGGCGUCUCCUUGUAUUUUUGGGGACUGAUGGACCUUACUACAACUGUGCUGUCAGGAAGUGCCAGGCCCCUCACUGAAGGGCAAGAAGGCAACCUGUCAGACAAGCUGCAUCAGCGUAUGAAGAGGAGCUGGGUGUGGAACCAGUUUUUUGUUCUGGAGGAAUACACAGGAACUGACCCUCUCUACGUUGGGAAGCUCCACUCUGACAUGGACAGGGGAGAUGGCUCGAUAAAAUACAUCCUCUCAGGAGAGGGAGCUGGCGUUGUGUUCACAAUUGAUGAUACGACAGGGGACAUUCAUGCCAUUCAGCGGCUGGACCGGGAAGAAAGGUCACAGUACACCCUCAGAGCACAGGCUCUGGACAGGCGAACGGGCCGGCCGAUGGAACCAGAGUCAGAGUUUAUCAUCAAAAUCCAAGACAUCAAUGACAAUGAACCCAAGUUCCUGGAUGGACCUUACGUAGCCUCUGUUCCGGAAAUGUCACCUGUGGGCACCUCUGUUAUCCAGGUGACAGCGACAGAUGCUGAUGACCCAACCUAUGGGAACAGCGCGAGAGUCGUAUACAGUAUCCUCCAAGGACAACCAUAUUUCUCUGUGGACUCUCGGACAGGCUUAAUUAGAACAGCUCUAAUGAACAUGGACCGAGAAGCAAAAGAAUAUUACGAAGUGAUUAUCCAGGCCAAGGAUAUGGGUGGACAGCUGGGAGGAUUAGCUGGAACAACUACAGUCAACAUCACCCUCUCUGAUGUCAAUGACAAUCCACCCAGAUUUCCACAGAAGCAUUAUCAGAUGAGUGUGCUGGAGUCUGCUCCUGUCAGCUCCACCGUGGGCCGCGUGGUUGCUAAAGACCUGGAUGAAGGCAUUAAUGCAGAGAUGAAAUACAGCCUUGUGGAUGGAGAUGGACUGGAUGUCUUUGAUAUUAACACUGAUCCUAAUUACCAAGUUGGCAUCAUCACUGUGAGAAAGCCUUUAAGUUUUGAGAGCAAGAAAAGCUACACCUUGAAAGUAGAGGGUGCCAACCCUCACCUGGAAAUGCGGUUCCUGAACCUGGGACCCUUCCGUGACACCACCACCGUCCACAUCAGUGUGGAGGAUGUGGAUGAGCCUCCUGUGUUCGAACCCAGCAUCUACUUUGUGGAAGUGCCCGAGGAUGUGGAGAUUGGAACCACCAUACAGAUCAUUUCUGCCAAGGACCCAGAUGUGACCAACAACUCCAUCAGAUACUCGAUUGACAGGAGCAGUGAUCCAGGACGGUUCUUUUAUGUCGACAUUACAUCAGGAGCACUGAUGACUGCACGACCUCUUGACCGGGAGGACAUUUCUUGGCACAAUAUCACUGUGUUGGCCAUGGAGCUGAAUAACCCCUCACAGGUGGGCAGCGUCUCCGUGACGGUGAAAGUCCUGGACGUGAACGAUAACGCACCAGAGUUUGCAAGAUUUUACGAAGCUUUUGUUUGUGAAAAUGCCAAAGCAGGCCAGCUGAUCCAGACAGUGAGUGCCAUCGACAGGGAUGACCCACAGGAAGGUCAGCACUUCUACUACAGCCUGGCUCCAGAGGCAGCCAACAACCCCAAUUUUACUCUAAGGGACAAUCAAGACAAUACAGCAUGGAUUUUGACAAGGCGCUCUGGCUUCAGACAACAUGAGCAGAACACCUUUUACCUGCCCAUCCUGAUCAGCGACAACGGGCGCCCGGUGCUGAGCAGCACGGGCACGCUGACCGUGCACGUGUGCAGCUGCGACGAGGAGGGCAUGGUGAUGUCCUGCAAUGCUGAGGCCUACGUCCUCCCUGUCAGCCUGAGCAGAGGGGCACUCAUUGCCAUCCUCGCCUGCAUCUUUGUUCUGCUAGUGUUGGUACUCCUCAUCCUCUCCAUGCGGCGCCAGCGGAAGCAGCCGUACAUCAUCGACGAGGAGGAGAACAUCCAUGAGAACAUCGUCAGGUAUGAUGAUGAGGGUGGCGGGGAGGAGGACACAGAGGCCUUUGACAUCGCCGCCAUGUGGAACCCACGGGAGGCCCAGCUGGUGGUGAAGAACCGGCAGGACAUGCUCCCUGAAAUAGAGAGCCUCUCCCGAUACGUGCCUCAGGCGUGCGUCAUGGACAACAACGUCCACAACUACGUGCUCGCCAAGCUGUACGAAGCUGACAUGGACCUGUGGGCACCUCCCUUCGACUCCCUCCAGACGUACAUGUUUGAAGGGAACGGCUCGGUGGCAGAGUCGCUCAGCUCCUUACAGUCCGUGACGACAGACUCAGACCAGAGCUACGACUACCUGACGGACUGGGGGCCACGCUUCAAGAAGCUGGCCGAGAUGUACGGGGCCACAGACAGCAGCGGGGCUCUGUGGUAACAGACGAGGAAUGGCAGAGGGCUUUCCAUGUGAAACGGUGUCCAGUUCGGUCCAUUCUCAUCAGAUGCUUCCAUGGACAUGGGUGAGGCCUCAUAAAAAAAUAGCAAUACGGUGCUUGGAUGAGAAUGGGAAGAAGGGUGCGAAUGAAGGUCUCUCUGGAUCAGCUUUACUCAGUUAAAUUAAGUCACAGUUUUGAAACUAUGAGAAACAGAAGGAAGGAAGUUUUUUCCUGGUUUUUACAGCAAAAUUGGAGAGCUCCACACCUGGAAUAUAAUGACAUUGCUCUCUCUCUCUCUUCCUUUCUCUUCCCUUUGUACACGGCAGCUUACUGAGCUCUAUACAUCAGGGUUCAAAGAUCUGUAAACUCCAACUGUAAUCUCCAAUUUACUGAGAAAUUGUCACCACAGAAGAGUUGUUCCCCACUGGUUAUUUUUUUUCCCCAUUAAAACAGCAAAGAAUUGCUUGCUAACAGGAGGGAAAAAAAAUCCGCAAAGCAGAAGAUUGAAACUGGAAUCUCAGAGGGCUCCUUGUAAACUAAACUCCUCCCUCUGUUGCUAACAGAGUUCUUUUUUAAUCCUUUAGAAACAAGGCUGAGGUUGGGGUUUUUUCCCACGUGACUGAGGGGAAGAGGCUUUGAAUUUCUGCUCUAGUUUAAUGGCUGAUCUGUGAGUCAUUGGCGUUAACACUAAUCCAUCUCCUAUCAAGUUUGUGUAAAUUUAUUCUUGACUCUUUAAAAACAUGACUCUGCUAAACUGCUCAGAACAAAACCAGAAAAUCUGCCUCUUUUGCACUGUAGAUGUCUCUUCCAUGUGCCAAAUGUGAAGAUUAGAUUCUACCAAUGAAAGCCAAAUAAAUUUUAAAAUAAGAAAAAGCUAUAUUUGGUAACUACAUGGGUUAGAUGGGCUUUCCUAAUCUGUGUGAGGUCAAUCCAAGGGAUGUUUACAUACUGUAGAUAACCUACUUGAACAAAUGCAGUAUUAUAGACCAAUAAAUGGAUGUAAGAAAAUUACAUGUAUAAGUUUUGUAUAUUUGUUAAUUUUGGUAAUAAAUAUGAUGUACUGCAUACAGUACACUACCUUAGCACCUCUUUUAAUAAAAGUUAAACAGAA